AUGGCUAUCGCAUCCAACAGCACUCCUUCAGCUCAAGACCAUGCACCACUUCCACCCAACGUCCAUGGUGUCGACAAGUCUGCGCAAAACUCUUCUGGCGCAACUGAAAUAGGCGACCUACCCGAAUCAUCUAUACUUCACCUGAAGGCCGCCUGGGGAACUGAGACGAUAGAUGUAUCAGUGAAAGUGGGCGCUGCUGGCCUCGCUUUGAUAUUUGCCUGCGCCUUUCUCGCUCUGGUGGCUUUGGUAUAG